AUGGCUUCAUCACACAGGUUGUUUCAAAGCAUUAAUGUUAUUUUCUUUCUUCUAUCCAUUUGGAGCACUCCUCAUGUCCAUUGCCAAAGCAACAUAUUUUCAAUUUCUGAUUUUGGUGCCAUUUCCGAUGCCCAAACAGAUAGCAAACAGGCUAUUUUAAAUGCAUGGAACCAAUCUUGUGCAACUAAUGGAGGCACAAUUGUUGUUCCAAAAGGAAAUUAUCUACUAAGUGAUGUUGAAUUACUAGGGCCAUGCAUUGGCACCACCAAAUUUGUACUAGAUGGGACCCUAAUUGCCCCCGAAGUUCCUACUCCCAACAUCGAAUACUGGAUCAUGUUCCGUGCGCUUGAUAGCCUCUCCAUAUCCGGCACUGGCACCUUAGACGGAAACGGAGCCUCCUAUUGGAAAACCAACAAUCCCGACAUCAUAACGUCAUUGGUGCUGGAGCACGUAAACGACUUGAGCAUAAGCGGCAUUCAUUCGGUCAACAGCAAAAAGUUCCACGUCAGCAUCCACAACUGCAACGGCGUAGCCAUCACCAACAUCCACGCCACCGCCCCGGCCGACAGCCCCAACACCGACGGCAUCCACCUGCAAGCCUCCAGCACCAUCACAAUCUCCGGGUCAAGCUUCGCCACGGGAGACGACUGCAUCUCCAUAGGAGAAGGAGUGGCCAACGUGAACAUCACCGAAGUCAACUGCGGGCCGGGCCACGGCAUCAGCAUAGGCUCCCUAGGGAAGUAUCCUGAUGAGAAGGAAGUGAGUUCAAUUCGUGUCACCAAUUGCAAUUUCACAGACACGCAGAACGGGAUGAGGAUCAAGACGUUCGGCCCUUCGCCGCCAGGCCUUGUUUCGGAUGUCAGUUUUGAGGGAAUUAGAGUGAAUAACGUGGACAAUCCGAUCAUCAUUGAUCAGCAUUACUGCCCUCACUCGGAAUGCGAUGGCGAUUCGAGUGUUUCGAUACAAGGUGUGAAGUUUAUCGACGUUCGUGGGACGUCGAGUGCACCGACAGGGGUGAAGAUUCUAUGCAGCAGAUUGCAGCCUUGCAAAGACAUUGAGUUGAUAGGGGUUAGCUUGACCUACGAUGGGCAGCCAACUACAGCAAUUUGCUCUUCAGUUCAUCUCAACUUUCGUGGGACUAACCAAAUUCCUUCAACUUGUUCAUGA